UUCUCCUCUUCUCCAAGUAUCGCCAUAACACCCAUCACGACCACUUCCGUUACGACACUUUGCGACCAUGCCACACCCACUUAUCGGUAAGGAGGCCCCAGCGUUGUCUCUUCCUGAGGCAAAUGGAGAAACAUUCACCCUUGAACCUGGAAAGAACGGCGUACCAAUCGCGCUGUUCUUCUAUCCCAAGGCUGGGACUUAUGGAUGUACUAAGGAGGCUUGCCAAUUCCGAGAUGCUCUGGCUGAGAAAGACGUGUUCAAGAGUUCCAAGGUGCAAGUUGUUGGAGUCAGCGCUGAUCCCGUUGAGAAGCAGAAGGAAUUCAAGGAGAAGCAGAGUCUCACUUAUCCUGUCUUGAGUGAUACCAAGGGGGAAGCCCGUAAGGCAUAUCACAUUGGCAAGGGCUUGUUUGGCCUCACGGAUGCUCGUACAACGUUUAUCAUCGAUUCCAAAGGCGUCGUUCGUGAUGUUCUCGAUGCUACUUUGAAUUUCGGCGCGCAUUCAAAGUUCGUGACCAAAUGGCUUGAAAAGUUGGAGGCUGAGGAGAAGAAGGCAGCGGAACCCACUACAGCUGCCACCGCGGAGGCUGCUGCCCCUGCCCCUGCUCCUGAGGCUGCCAAGGACGACACAGCAAAGGUCGCCGGUCAAUGAACGACUUCCUUUGUUGUUCGGACAUUCAUCAUCAUGGAUUUUGGCAUGCAUGCGGAGUUCUCCAUAUCUGUAUUAAUGUAUCUUGUUAGUAUACCCUCGUACGUACGGUGAUUGCCUCAUUAUCUGGAUAUCGCGUUACUAUUGGAUUUCUUCCCUGUGCAAGUGAGGCAACCAGGUACCCGAAAAGCAAUAACGAGGGGUGUGUUGCAAUUAUGAGACAGCCGGUAUUAUAAGAGUACAAAGCAAUGUGGUAGCGGAGUGAAACUCGGUCUAAAUCACUUGUUGCCGGCGUU